AUGGAUAUCAAGACUCUUCGACCACAAACUGUUUAUUCUAUAUCAUGUUUGGAAUGUAGAAGAAGAAAAAUUAAAUGUGAUAAAGCUUCACCAACUUGUGGGUUUUGUUUGAGUAAAAAAAUUCAUUGUGAAUAUCCUUCAAAUGCUAAAAGAAAAAUUAUAAAUGUUUCAAAUGGUUCUGAUUCUGAAAAUGUUGAUAAAGAUCAAAUUAUUAAAGAUUUAUUACAAAGAGUCGCUACUUUAGAAGAUUAUUUAAAAUCUUCUCCAAAUACAAGUAUAUCAAGUACUUCAAGUUCAAGUACAAAUACUAUGGGAUUACAAGCAAGAUCUGAGUUAAAGGCAAAUGGUGGGAUAACAAAUGGAAAUGGAAAUGGCUCAUCAAGUUCCAAUGUUGGUGGUAAAGAUUUCUUGGAAAUUAUUAAUCAUAUUGAUUAUAAAUUAAGUGAUAUUGCAAGAGAUACUGGAUUAUUAGAUGAAUUAGCCCUAGCUAAAAGAGAAUUCCCAACUAUUUUACAUGGUAAAGAAGCCGAUGAAGUUUUAUUAAAUAAUAUUAUAAGAACAGUUUCUGCAAAUUAUAAAGCAUUUAAUUUUUUCUUGGAUCAAAAAGAUGUGGAUCUUUUCUAUGAAAAUUUUAAACAAGAAACUCUUGAACCUAUACAUUUCCAAGAUUCAUUAAUUAUGCUGUUAUUAAUUUCUAUCUGUAUAAGAUUGAAAAAAUUUACAUGUGCAUGUAUUCCAAUUGAUAAAAAGGAAAAUUUAAUUCAAGAAAUUUAUAAUGAAUAUCAAAAUCGUUGUAAUUUGAAAAUUUUACCCAAGGAUCAUAAAUCUUUACAAAUUGGUUUAUUAGAAUUAGAAUUUAUGUUUGGAUUAGAUGUUCAUAAAGAUGAUAUAUUAUUGAAAAUUCAUGAAGUUAUAGGGAUGGCAAAAUUAAUUAAAUUGAAAAAUCAAAAUAAAAAACAUUUAGAUGAAGAAUUCGAAUCAUGUUGGUUGGAAUUAGUUAGAAUGGAUUCUAUAUUAGCUAUAUCAUUUGGUACAAGUCCAGGGAUAUUUGAACCAUUAAAUUCCAAGAAUUUACCAAAUUUUUCAAAUGAUCAAAGAAGAUUUCAAAUUGCACCAAUUUUUAUAAAUACUAUAAAUAUUUUACAAAGAUAUAAUUUUUAUGGUUUGAAUAGUCUUAAUGAAUUUGAAAUUCAUGAACAAAUUAAUAGAAUUAUUGCAACAAAGGAUUUAUUCUUCUUUUUGGAUCUUGUUACUUUAUAUAGUAUUCAAUUACAAUUAUUGUUCCAUAAAAGAGAUUUUUUCGGUUAUACAAAAGUUUUAGAAAAUUGUCUUGUUGAAGUUUGGAGAGUUUCAUUAAAUGAUGAUUCACAUAUCAUUAGAAAUAAAUGGACAUUACAAUCUAUAUUCAAUUCAAUUUUACUAUUUAUCUUGGAAUAUAAAGAAAUUAAUAAUGAGUUAGCAUUAAGUCUCUCCAUAAUCAUUUGUUUAAAUAAUUUAUUUAGUAUUGAUAAUCAUGAUCCUGAUUAUAUUUCAAAUAAAUUAGAAAAAUAUUGUGCUAAAUUAAACUUGGAAUAUUGUUUUGAAUUAGUUUCAAAUUUUGAAAAACAAAAUCCACAAAUUUUUGGUGAUGCAAAAUAUUGUGGUUGA